AUGGCCCUCCCGAUUGUGCGCUCUCUUGAAGCGUGCGCCGACUACACCAGCACGGUCGAGCCCUUCCUCAAACAGCUCUACAGCUUGCCCGACGACUUCGUCACAGCCUUGUCUUCGGGCAGCGUGGCACGGCUGUACGUGGAAACGAACCCGCUGGUGUCUGGUUUUGCCAUAUCCCUGGCCCUGGGGUUCGUGUUCCUCGUGGUGUCGGAGAUCAACCGCAACUACUCGCAGGUCGAUCGUUGCUGGAGCUUGCUGCCGACGGUGUACAUUGCACACUUCAACCUGUGGUCACGGCUGGCCGGUGCACACAGCGGACGUUUGGACGCGGCACUGCUUUUUAGUGCCAUCUGGAGUAUUCGGCUGACUUACAACUAUGCGCGCAAAGGAGGUUAUGACGUUGGCUCCGAGGACUACCGCUGGGAGAUUGUCAAGAACGCCGUCCCCAAAUGGCUGUUCCACAUCUUCAACUUGACCUUUAUUGCCUUCUUCCAGAGCGUCCUGCUCUUCGCUAUUGCCGCACCGGCCUACACGCUGUUGCUGACGGGCACCAUCGAGCGCGACCUGACCUUUGCUGACGCAGCAUUCGCCGCUGUCGAGAUUUGCAUCGUCGCUUUCGAGUACGUCGCCGACCAGCAGCAGUGGGACUACCAGACCGCCAAGUACAAGUACCGGGCCUCCGACAAGGUGCCCGCCGGCUUUGAUAAAUCUACCCUGGACCGUGGCUUCCUUGCCGAGGGCCUGUGGGCGUACAGCCGGCACCCCAACUUUGCGGCCGAGCAGUCCGUCUGGAUCGUGCUCUACCAGUGGAGCUGCUAUGCGACUGGCACGCUGUACAGUUGGGCGGGCAUUGGCGCGCUGGUGCUGGUGCUGCUAUUCCAAGGCUCGACCGCGCUGACGGAGCGUAUUACGAGCGGCAAGUACCCGGGCUACAGGGAGUACCAAAAGCAGGUGGGCAUGUUUGUGCCCACGAGCGUUGUAGGCUUCAAGACGCCUGCCGCCAAGGUGUUGCGCACGAGCGAGCUGGCCAAGAAGCAGGCCGAGAAGGAGGCCGAGAAGGAGGCCACGGCCAGUGGCAGCUACAGCUAUAACACGCGCUCUGCCGCUAAGAGAUGA